AUGUUCCCGCAAUGGUGCUCGGCGGAGCAGCGGUUAGCGCAGGGAGGGGGGAGGCGGCGGAAGUGGGUGUGGGUGUGUGCGGGGAUGGCUGCUGCUGCUGUUCUCUUGUUGGCGAUGCUUGUGACGGUGUGCCUGGUGGGUGGCGCCAGGGACUUUGAGCUCACAGGGCCCAGCAUCGUCACCCGGCUACUAGCCGGCCUCGCUUCUUCCUCCUCAUCCUCCUCUUCCUCCUCGUCCUCCUCUUCCUCCUCCUCCUCUGACCCCCCCACGCGCCCCUCCUCGCCCCUCCCGGUGCUCUUUCUCAACUCGCCUCUUGACGAGAACGCGCACAAGCUCUGGGCGCUCAAGUGGGCCGUGCGACCACGACAACGCACGACCGAUCAACCCACACGCGACCCCUCCAGCAGCAGCGGCAGCAGCGACGGCUCCUCCUCCUCCGCAAGUGAGCUGCCACCACCACUCACCAGCGACAUCCCACCCAGCAUAUUGCACAGCGAUCCGGGCACAUCGGGAGCUCCAGGGACUCUGGGGGCGUUGAUGGGGACUGUUUUACUGGGUGCAGUGAACAUCUUCGCACCCACGUGGCUCAACGAAUCCGCUCUCCUGCACAACCGCUCCUCGUUUCUGUACGGCGGCACGUCCCCCCAGGGCGUGCAGGGCUUACUGCAGUACUUCCGGCUCGUGGAGACCUGCAUUCCGCUCAUCCGAGGGUACGAGCGGCGGCAUGGGGUCACGUUUGACUGGAUCGUGCGCACGAGAGUCGACACGUUCUGGUCCGCGCCGCUUCCUCCUCUCGCUCCUCUCUCUUCUCUAUCUUCCCCCCCUCCCUCUUCUCCUCCUCCUCCUCCUCACUCUGCCGGUGUCCUGUCCCUGCUGCUGAAUGCCGCGCUGCACCGAGGAGUGGGCGAUGGUGCAGCAGGGGGCGGAGGCACGUACUGGGUGCCGCAUGGGACGGACUUCUGGGGGGUGAACGACCGCUUUGGCGUGGGCACGUGGGGCAGUGCUGAGGCUGCUAUGGCUCGCCUGAGCAUGCUGGAUCGACUCAUGGCGCGUGGCUAUGACGAUCUCAAUUCGGAAAAGGGUCUGAGGGCGCAGCUACAAGUAGCAGGGGUGCGCGUGGGGCGGGUGGACGUGCCUUUCUGUGUGCUCUCGCGCCGGCCCUACCCAGAUGACGAUGUUCUCGCGGCUGCGCUCUCCUCCUCCGCUCCGCUCAACGGCGCCAAGUGCUGGCCCUGCACUCCCGCCUACACCGGCCUCCGGGCGCUGCUCAAGUACGUCCUCAUCCCCCCCACACGCUGGAUCCGCUCGCCCUCUGCAGACUGGCUCAACCGCCCCGCCUCCCCCCGCGGGGCAGUGCAGCUGUGCGACCCCACCCACCCCUGGGAGCCCGCCUGGCCCGCCGCCUUUGACGCCGCUGCUGGCGCUGACCUUGCUGCUCUCAGGAGGGUGGUUGAGGAUGCGGGCUUGGAGGAGUGCAAGCGACGGUUUGAAGAGCUGUGCGACCCCACUCACCCAUGGGAGCCUGCCUGGCCUGCUGCUUUUGAUGCCGCUGCUGGCGCUGAGUUCGCUGCCCUGAAGAGGGUGGUUGGGGAUGUGGGCUUGGAGGAGUGCGAGCGACGGUUCGAAGAGGUGAGAGUUCAAGUCGGCAUCAGAUCAGACGAGUGGUCAGCCCCACCCACCGCUGCCACCUUCUUACAGACGAUUCAAGAAACCUCCUCUCCUUCGUCCCCUCCCCCCCUCCGCUCUCCGCAGUUCAAGUCAGCAGCGGACGAGUGGUCAGCCCCACCCAUGGCAGCCAUCUGCCAUCGCGCCCUGCUGGGCCCCAUGGACCUCCUCGGCCCGCCCUCCGCCUCGUUCUACACCGCCACCUCCCCCCUCUCCGCCUCCAGCUCCCUUGCCUGCACCGACACUCUCAGCAGCAGCAGCAGUGGUGGUGGUGGUGGUGGUGGUGGUUCUGAGGAGGGGGUGGGAGGGGAGGGGACGUGGGAGGAGGAGGUGGUGAGGCGAGUACCGGGUGUGGCAGUGGUUCGUGGUGCUCUGGACGAGGUCAGCAGCAGCAGUGCGCACAGGCAGGGGAGGCCAUUGGACGUGCUCAAGUUGAGCCUGGAUGGAUCCGACCUCCCCACCCUAUCAGCCCUACUACGGCAACACUCCCUCCCACCAGCCUGCCAGCUGCUAGUCCCCUUCCCCACCGGCCAACCAGAGAGUGCCACGUGGCGCAGGGACAUCGUGGCAGGGCUGGAGCAGGAGCAGGUGUAUCUGGCAGCGUGCGUGCAGGAGUGGUGGAGUGCGGUGGAGAGGUGCACCUUCUUCUCUGUGCCUCACUGCUCCUCGCUGCUGCGGGGUGUCAAUAAGCACAUUCAAACUCAAUCUAAGUGA